GUUUUGAAUAUGUUGGCAAGAUAGAGGAGAAUUGCACUGCUGAGAAUUUCCCGAGCAGGGGCCAUCUUUCUUCUAGUUCUCUGAAACCCUUUAAAAAAAAACCUAAGGCUUCCUUCAGGACCCCAAGGUUUCUAACGUCUGGUCUUCCCCUGGCAUCUUGGAGCAAGUAUCACAGGAGACACCUGCAGGCAGCCCACAGAGGGGCACCUGGAGGGACGACAAAGAGCAUGGAUUCCUGGUGCCUGUGGCAGCGUCAGUGAGAACUUCCAGGAUGCCUUCAUCCCCCUAAGAAGAACUUAGAAGACGUGAACAAUCUGUCUAUUUUCAGGACUCCCUCAAUGUUAUACUGUUCUGUACUCUGGAGAAGAUGGUGUGUUCCCUGGCCUUCUCUCUGCUAAGAGACCUUUUUCUGAUCCUGCUUUUCCAGCUGUCCAUGAGGGGCUCAGAUUCCUUUUCGGUGACUGGCCCCUCGGAACCCAUCGUGGCCAUGCUGGGUGCAGACACGGUGCUGCCCUGCCGUGUGUACCCAGCCAUGAAUGUGGAGAAUAUGGAGAUCCGGUGGUUUCGCAAUCAGUUCUCAGAGGCUGUGUUUGUGUAUCAGAAUGGAAUGGAGCAGGUGGGAGAACAACUAGUAGAUUUCAAAGGGAGAGCUGAGUUGGUGAAAGACUACAUCACCGAGGGAAGAGUAGCUGUGAGAAUCCACAGCCUCCGGGUCUCAGACAAUGGAAUGUACAAGUGCUUUUUUAAAAAAGGAACUGAUUUCGAAGAAGCCAUUUUGGAGCUAAAGGUGAUAGGUCUAGGUUCUGGUCCUCGUGUUUUCUUGGUGGGUCCAGAAGAUGGAGGAAUAAGGUUGAAGUGCACAGGCAAGGGAUGGUUUCCCCAGCCUGAAGUACAAUGGGAAGAUGUGAAGGGAAAGAAGAUCCCAUCUGUCUCUGAGGACGAGACACAAGAUGAUGAUGGCUUGUUUCAGAUUGAGGCAUCCCUCAUUGUGAGAGACAGCUCAAUGACACAAGUGUCCUGUUCCAUGAAGAACCCCUUCUUUGGACAAGAGCAAGUGGAAACCAUUUUUAUCCCAGAAUCCUUCUUCCCUAGGCCCUCUCCUUGGAAGGCAGCAUUUGCUGUGACUUUGGUGAUACUUGGGAUUUCAGCUGGUGCUAUUGUAUAUUUGGCCUGGAAAGAACGACAGGGAAAGAAGAAGCUAUCAAAAGUCGAGGAAGAAAAGAAGGAAGAAAGUACAUCUAAAGAAUCACUUAAGAGAGAGCUUGCCAGAAGGAAAGAGUUAUAUCAGCAAGACUGGAGAAAAGCUGAGUUAUAUGCUGACUGGAGGAAGGAACAGUUCAAAGCAGUGGCUUUCACUCUGGAUCCGAAAACAGCUCACCCCAACCUCGUCUUAUCUGAGAACAAUCAACACAUUUCUUUAAAAAAUAAUGUUUCCCAGAAUGGUGAUGCCUCAACACACGAAGAUCAAGGGGUUUCUGAAGCCAUCUUCAGUGUUCUGGGAGAUAAGUCCUUCACCCAGAGGGACAUGGAGAGACAAUACUGGGAGGUAGAAGUAAAUACGAGGACAGAAGCUGGAUCUACAACUCGAUGUGCUCUGGGCAUUUGCUCAGAGACAGCAAAGAGAGAGGGCUGGUUUGUAGAAAGUCCAGAUAAGAAUUUUUGGGUUUUGGUACACGAGGAAGGAAAAGUCCUAUUUCCCAACUCCCAGAAAAACUCUCCAUCGCUUAGGCAGCAGCCCCGCAGGAUAGGAGUUUUCCUGGAUUGGGAAGAUGGGAACCUGUCCUUUUAUAACAUGGCCGAUGGGUCCCACAUCUAUUCUUUUACUGGCAUCACCUUCUGUGGGACGCUUUUUCCUUAUUUUAGCCUUCGGGGUACUGGCGCAUCUUUGACCAUCUGCUCAACUUCAGAUCACCCUGAGAAUUGUCCUGACUCUUCUCCAAAGACCUCUCUAACUCAUUUAAGUAGUAGUGUCCCCCAAGAAGCUAACUCUCUGUUAUAAGAAGUGAAUGUCAGCACCUCCGCUGCCUCUGUUCAGGCUUCUUACAGGUAUGUUGUCCAAGAAAGCUGUCCUUCUUGAAGAGUAGGUCAUUCUCAUUAGGUAUAAACUACCCCCUUUCAAAGAGAGAUAGAGGGAGAAAGAGAAAUGGACAGCUAAAAUGUCUGGGGGAAUUUCCUCUAGUGUUAUCUUUGGGGAAGUACUUGAUGUGGGCAGCAAUGAUUUGUUACAAGGAAACUCCAAGGAAACAUAUGGGCCUUUCUUAAGUUCUAGUACUUAUUGUGUUUUGAAGUAAAGAUGUUUAAAGCUACAUUUAAAGUGAAAAUCUCUGUUGUCACUAUUUUUGUUAUCAAAUAUGGAGGAGGGUUGUUGUUGCUCUUUAGUUGUUAAGUCAUGUCCAGCUCUUUUGUGACCACAGGGACUGCAGCCAACCAGACUUCUUUGCCAUGCAAUUUCACAGGCAAGAAUACUGGAGUGGGUUGCCGUUCCCUUCUCUAGGGGAUCUUUCUGACCCAGGUAUCAAACUGACAUCUCCUGCAUCUUCUGCAUUGGCAGGCAGAUUCUUGACCACUGAGCCACCUGGGAAGCCAAGGAGUUGGGAGUGAUGUUUAAAGGGGAGGGUACCAGUUGAAUACUACUGUUGGAGAUACAGACAUCUACUCAAGUCUUUUAUAGGUAUUGGCUCAGCUUGUCCUUUCUUCAGGCUUUAGUGUCCAUCAGCUCCUAAAGUUGGACUUUGCCAAGGUGUGGAGAAGAUUGAUAAAUAGCUGUAAAACAAUUUCAACAGGAGACCAAGCCUUCUGGGAAGGAAGAGCCCCUCUCCCCUCUUUUAAACAAGUUCUUACUGAUCAGCAAGUUCAGAAUUGUAUGUGAAUAAAAAAGAAAUGAAUGUUGCAAUUUAUAUUUUCAGAGAAAAAAUAAACUGUCAAAGGAAUGAAGAAACAUC